AUGUAUUUCAUUACACCUUCUAGUGCAGAUGAGGCCUUUGAUCAGGCUUUCGGAUGCCACGUCAUCGUGACUAACUCAGGCAAUUUGCAGCACCUUCCGCCAGGAAUGUUCAAAUCGACAUGUGAGGUCAGCAUUGAGUGGUUCCCAUUCGACUCACAAGUGGGUUGCUCAAAAAUACCGUCAAAUAAAUUUGAUUAUGAGACGAAUAAAUAG